AUGCCCCGCGGCGAGGCGGCCCCGCCCGAGCCGUACUCAUGGCGGUGGCCAGGAAGAUCAAAACUUUGCUGACGGUCAACAUCCUGGUGUUCGUGGGCAUCGUCCUCUUCUCCGUGUACUGCCGCCUGCAGGACCGCUCUGCCGCGCUGGUGCAGGUCGUGCGCGGCGCCGACCGCCGGGUGCGCAGCCGGCACGCCAAGGUGGGCGCGCUGGCCGACCGCGAAGCCAUCCUGCAGCGCCUGGACCACCUGGAGGAGGUGGUCUACAACCAGCUCAAUGGUCUUGCAAAACCCAUCGGCCUGGUAGAGGGGCCAGGUGGCCUGGGUCAGGGAGGCGUGGCGGCCACUCUGCAGGAGGACAGCCAGGAGAGGGAAGGCAAGUACGAGGAGUAUGGCUACAAUGCCCAGCUCAGCGACCGCAUCUCCCUGGACAGGACUAUCCCCGACUACAGGCCCAAAAAGUGCAGACAGCUGACCUACUCGGGUGACCUGCCCCAGGUCUCCGUGGUCUUCAUCUUCGUCAACGAGGCCCUGUCUGUCAUCCUGCGCUCCGUGCACAGCGUGGUCAACCACACGCCUUCCCAGCUGCUGAAGGAGGUCAUCCUGGUGGAUGACAACAGUGACAAUGUGGAGCUCAAGUUCAACCUGGACCAGUAUGUCCACCGGAGGUACCCUGGCCUGGUGAAGGUCGUCCGCAACAGCCGGCGGGAAGGCCUGAUCCGCGCGCGGCUGCAGGGCUGGAAGGUGGCCACAGCCCCUGUGGUCGGCUUCUUUGAUGCCCACGUGGAGUUCAACACCGGCUGGGCCGAGCCCGCCCUCCUGCGCAUCCGUGAGGACCGGAGGCGCAUCGUCCUGCCGGCCAUCGACAACAUCAAGUACAGCACCUUCGAGGUGCAGCAGUACGCCAGCGCUGCCCACGGCUACAACUGGGGGCUCUGGUGCAUGUACAUCAUCCCACCCCAGGACUGGCUAGACCGUGGGGAUGAGGCGGCACCCAUCAGGACCCCCGCCAUGAUCGGCUGCUCCUUCGUGGUGGACCGCGAGUACUUCGGGGACAUCGGCCUGCUGGACCCGGGCAUGGAGGUGUACGGUGCGGAGAACAUCGAGCUGGGGAUGAGGGUGUGGCAGUGUGGCGGCAGCAUGGAGGUGCUGCCCUGCUCCCGCGUGGCCCACAUCGAGCGCACCAAGAAGCCCUACAACAACGACAUCGACUACUACGCCAAGCGCAACGCUCUGCGGGCCGCCGAGGUGUGGAUGGAUGAGUUCAAGUCCCACGUGUACAUGGCCUGGAACAUCCCCAUGACUAACCCAGGGGUGGACUUUGGGGACGUGUCCGAGAGGCUGGCCCUGCGCCAGAGGCUGAAAUGCCGCAGCUUCAAGUGGUACCUGGAGAAUGUGUAUCCCGAGAUGAGGACCUACAACAACACCCUCACGUACGGAGAGGUGAGAAACAGCAAGGCCAGUGGCUACUGCCUGGACCAGGGUGCGGAGGACGAUGACCGGGCCAUCCUCUACCCCUGCCACGGCAUGUCCUCCCAGCUGGUGCGGUACAGUGCUGACGGCCUCCUGCAGCUGGGCCCCCUGGGCUCCACGGCCUUCCUGCCCGACUCCAAGUGCCUGGUGGACGAUGGCCGGGGACGCACGCCCACCCUGAAGAAGUGUGAAGAUGUGGCCAGGCCGGCACAGCGGCUGUGGGACUUCACGCAGAGUGGCCCCAUCGUGAGCCGGGACACGGGCCGGUGCCUAGAGGUAGAGAUGUCCAAAGACGCCAACUUCGGGCUCCGGCUGGUGGUGCAGAGGUGCUCAGGGCAGAAGUGGAUGAUCAGGAACUGGAUCAAGCACGGGCAGCACUGACC